CACGGUCCAGCAUUGCAUUUUCCUCUUGGUAGCACGGCUCCUCGGAGUCAUCUUCUGUGCAUUGCUGGCGUUCUGCACAUCUCCAAGCUUGGGACUGGCUAGAGGGAGAAUUCUCGGCGGAACCUGAGACCUGACCGCCACCAUGGCCGAGCAGGCAGACUGGGUCGAUACACCUGGCUCAGAGCAGUCUCGAAGGGAGGCAUCCAUUGUGGACCGACAUCUACCAGAUGGGUACAGUGCUGAGCCGGAGGCUGUGGUCUACGAUGCACCUGGAAACGAUGACUCGGGAUCUGUAUUGUCCAAAUCUCCAGAACCGGAGUCGAGUCUGAGAUUGCAAGGCGGAGACAUGCAUCGCGACAUUUUCAAGAUCAAAGCUCGAGCGAAGAAUGAGGGAACUAUUCGCCGCUCCAAUACCUUUGCUGCGAGGGAAAGCCCACGAAUCAUUCCUGCCGCAGAGGUCCCAGUUAGCGAUCAAUUACAGCCUGGUGGAAUGCGAAGGCAGUAUGUGCAGAGGCAUCGAGUGCAGAGGCGACUCAGUACCGUUGCUACCCCGGUCACGAGGAACUUCGUGUCAUUCUUGGAGCUUUAUGGCAGUUUUGCUGGCGAGGACCUGGAAGACACAGACUCCGAUCUCGAUACACUGGACACCGAAUCAGCAAUUGAGGAUGAAGACGAUGACGAUCAAGCUCGAGAAAGGCGUCCGCUUCUUGGAAGGCGGAAGAGUUCGAAGCGGGCCAAGCGCGAGGGAGAAGCGGGCACUACCAAGGCGUUCUUCACACUACUCAAGGCAUUCGUGGGGACUGGAAUCAUGUUCCUACCCAAGGCUUUCAGAAACGGUGGCAUUCUGUUCUCAUCCAUCACGCUCAUUAUGGUGUCUAUCAUUACGACUCUGUGUUUCCGGCUUCUGCUCCAAUGCAGAGAAAGGUAUGGCGGUGGAGGUUAUGGUGAGCUUGGAGAUGCCAUUUUUGGCCGCAAGUUUCGGAGUCUCAUCCUGGCCUCGAUCACGCUGUCACAAUUGGGCUUCGUCUGCGCAGGUUUGAUCUUCACUGCUGAAAAUCUGCUGUCGUUCUUGCACGCGAUCGUACCUGUCGACAAGCCUCAACCUUUCGACACGUCUGCACUCAUCGCCAUCCAGUUCGUCAUCUUGAUCCCGAUGGCUCUGAUCCGGAACAUUGCAAAACUCGGACCUGCUGCACUGCUUGCAGAUGUGUUCAUCCUUGUCGGACUGGUCUACAUUUGGGCAUACGACAUCAAAGAGCUGGCCACGUAUGGCAUGGCUCCUACCGUGAAGCUCUUCAACCCCUCGGCAUUCACUCUCACGAUUGGUUCGGCAAUUUUCACAUUUGAAGGAAUAGGACUCAUCUUGCCCAUUCAGUCGUCGAUGAAGAACCCAGAGAAAUUCCCCUACCUGCUGUACCUGGUCAUGUUCAUCAUCACCUGCAUCUUCACAUCGGUCGGCGCUUUGUGUUAUGCCACGUUUGGUGAGGAGACUAAGAUUCAAAUCAUCUCAAACUACCCUCAGGACAGCAAACUGGUCAACACUGUACAAUUCAUCUACUCCAUGGCCGUGCUGGUCGGCGAACCUGUGCAGCUCUUCCCGGCCGUCCGUAUCAUCGAACAGUGGCUCUUCGGCGACAAGGCUUCCGGAAAGAAGUCCAAGGGUGUCAAAUGGUGGAAGAACCUCCUCCGCACCUCCAUGAUGCUGUUCUGUGGCCUCGUCGCUAUCUUCGGCGCGGGAGAUCUGGACAAAUUCGUUUCGCUGAUUGGCGCUUUUGCGUGUGUACCACUGGUGUACAUCUACCCACCACUUCUGCAUUUGCGGGGAAUGGCGGAGAAGAGAUCGGAGAAGAUCUUUGACAUCUCUCUGAUCACACUUGGCUUGUUUGCAUUUACCUUCACGACGGUCAUGACACUCAAGCAAUGGGUCGAGGGCUCGUUGUAGAAGAGAAAAGUUCAACACGUGGAGAAUUCGCCACUUCAACACAUGUGUGAUGUAUUAUGAGAUUAUAAGAUAUUCUAGAUUAGCGUGCGCAUGAAAUGGAACGACUG